GCAUCAUGACGGAGUAGGUCCAGCGCAAAGUUCAGCGACCGCAACAGAGAAGUGAAAGUGACAGGGACGAGUAAAGAAGGGAAAAAAAGCCACAAAACCACACAAGGGCUGUUUUUUUUAUUUUUAUCUCAAGGUGGAACAUAAAGGCAGAUCUGAAGAGGACAACUGAUGAGCUUCUUCCUGUUUUUGAAGGCUUAAGGCGUGCUUUAAAUGCGGCCGGUUUGGUAAGACUUGGGUCCGGUGACAGAUCUGCACAAACACCGCAAGACACGAAGCAGACAUGGAGAAUGGGAAGAGCCGCCUGCAGCAGACCCAGGAGCAAGUGGAGGAGGUGACGGUCAUCAUGAUGGACAACAUGAACAAAGCUGAUGAGAGAGCUGGGAAACUGAAAGACCUGGAGGACAGGGCCGAUGACCUGCUGCUAAAGAGUAAAACGUUUGAAAAGACCUCCAACAAGGUGAAGCAACAGAAGUUCUGGGACAACAAGAAGAUGAAAAUAAUAUUUAUUGCCAUUGGGGUCAUAGCAGCACUUGUCAUUGUCGGACUCAUAAUCUUUGCCAUCGUUGGACCGCAGUGAGGAAAACAGUCUCUUUUUGCAGAUGAAAGGAAAGUAAGAUAUUUGGACUGAUGGACAUGGUGUGAACGAAGAUUAAAAAAAAAAAAAAAAGUCCAGGAAAAGAGGAGUGCAAACUGCAGGACUGUCACAUCUCGCCUGAACUACUCAGUGUGUGAUAUAUAUAUAUAUUUUUUGUGCUUAGAUGUAUUUAUGGAAGAAUCAGUCUCACUUGUAUUCUGUUAAUUAUGGUACCACUGGUAGGUCAGCUGAUUCUGUUUUAAUACCUUUUACAGGUAAUUUCUCUCUCAUCAGCUAACAUUGAAAGAACAAAAUCAGCACAAAACAGAUUUAAACUGUUCCACAACAUUUAAUUGUGCCAUAUUUCUCUAUUAUUAACCACUACUCUUUUUGUUAGCCUGCCACUGAUCCUACAUUUUUAGCAAAUCUACAGAUUGCAAAAUUUUAAACAAAGGUCAUUUGAGUGAUGGAUGUCCAGAAGCACCACUCAACAAAAUACAAAAUUGUCAUUACCUGUGAAUAUGGGAUGCAAUAAUAUGUUGGCCAUUCAUUGGUGUUAGUAAAUAAGAUGGUAUUUCAGAAAUUUGUAUGUUUAAUUAACAUAUUUAUAUAUACAUAGUGAAGUUUUCUUUGUCCCUGAUACAAAAGAGGGGAUAAAUAACAAACACAUAAAGAGAAAAUAAUGUCAGUAUCAUCUGUCAGUCAAAUUGUCUUUUACAUAUCAAUAUCGUCCCAAAAUUUUGCAAUCUGUCCAGCUGUCCAAUCCCAGAAUUUGGCAUGUCAGGUAGAUCUCCAAGAGUCACUUCAGCAUGAGAGAAAAGCUGACCGAAAUUGGUAAAUGUAUAAAUACUUCAGCUUCAGAUCUGAAAGAAUGGAAUAUUUGUCCUGUAAAAUUUAAUGUUGUCAUAUUGUCUGCAUCAUUAAAAUGUGUUUUGAAAAACUU